UUAGGGAGGUCGGACGUACGUCGAGAGGCACGAGAACCUCGUUACUGAAUCCAUCCUGUUUUCACCGCCUCUGGCACUAUAAAUCCAACGCCAACACCGCCACUACAAAGCCCAACAGAUUCUCCGAUCUUCUACUGAGUGUUGUCCACCGAGCCAAAUGUCUUUCUGCUCUUCUGCUCCGUCCUUCUGCUGCAGCUUGAUCCGUGCCUAUCCGCGGACUGCCCCCUCGAAGUCUUCACCCCGUCGAUGCCUCCGACUGCCAAUCCGGUGUUCUGCACAGACUCCUCCUCCUCGGCGAUCGGCUGAUUACCAGCCGAGCUCGUGGAGUGACGAAUACAUAUAAUCGCUCACAACUGACACCAAGGUGGAGGAGGAUAACGCAAGAAGGAUGGACAAACUGACAGAGGACGUGAAACAGCCGAUCUACAUGAAGAAGGGAAUUGAGGACCCACUUCAACUGAUCGAUCACCUGCGGCAGCUUGGGGUGGCGUAUCACUUUAAGGAGGAUAUUAAGGAUGCUUUAUGGACUAUAUACGGUUCCAUGGAAGAGGUGAACAUGUUGCUGAAGGAUAAUCUUCAUGCCACGGCUCUUAUGUUCAGGCUUCUCAGAGAACAUGGGUUUGCUGUUUCUGAAGGUGUAUUCAACCGAUUUAUGGAUGAGAAGGGCAACUUGAAAGCCAGCUUUCGCCUCCAGACUGAAGGAUUGGUGAGCUUGUACGAGGCUUCCCAUCUUGCAAAGGAAGGAGAGCACGUGCUGGAAGAAGCUAAAAACUUCACAACUAAACAGCUCAAGAGCCUCAUGGAGGGAUCACUUGAGCCUCAUCUCAGGGAGCACGUAGCCCAUGCCUUGGAGCUUCCAUUGAACUGGAGGAUGCCGAGGUUACAGACCAGGUGGUUUAUAGAAGCAUGCCAAAGGGAAGCUAACAUAAACCCUGUCCUACUUGAAUUGGCUAAGUUGGACUUCAACAGAGUUCAGAGCAUACAGCAGAGGGAACUCAGAGAAGUGUCGAGGUAUUUUGAGCUUGCUUUACUUGAAUCAUGUCCUGUACAUUCUGCCGUCGUUUAUGAACCAGCAAACUUCAGCACAAACUUAUGGCUAUCGAUCAGAUGGUGGAGCAAUCUUGGCCUCGCGCAAAGGCUUUCAUUUUCCAGGGACAGGUUGAUGGAGAACUAUUUCUGGACGGUUGGCUGGGCUUUUGAGCCAUAGUUUGCAAGAUUCAGGGAGGCGCAGAAAAAAGCGAACUGCCUGAUAACAACAAUAGAUGAUGUGUAUGAUGUUUACGGCACCAUCGAUGAGCUCGAGUUUUCACGGAUGCCGUCGAUAGGUAAACAACUCCUCCACGUCAUGCAUGUAGGAGGUGUUAUUUCAACAAUCUUUGAUUCCUGAAAACAUCUACUCUGAUGGAUGUUACAGAUGGGAUGUUAAUACAAUGGACAAAUUGCCAGAGUACAUGAAGAUAUGUUUUCUAGCCCUCUUCAACACUACAAAUGACACCGCGUACAAUGUUAUGAAAGAGAAGGGUCUGGAUAUAAUUCCAACCUAAAAAAAGCAGUAAAAUAUCGAUCCCAUCCCCCCUUUUGUGUAUCGUCAAUCAUGCAGUUCCACUUUAUAAACAGUACUACCCUUUGAUUCA